AUGACAUCUCGAACCCAUAUUCGCAACGUGGCCAUUGUCGGUGCUGCUGGCAAUAGCGGCAAGUACAUGACUGCCGAACUUCUGGCAACCGGCAAGCACGUCGUCACAGCCAUCACUCGAAUCGACAGUAAGAGCAAAUUCCCAGAAGAUGUCAAAGUCGCUCGCGUGGACUAUAAGAACCAAGCUUCACUGGGGGAAGCUCUGCAAGGCCAGGAUGCACUGGUCAUUACCAUAAAUGUCUUCGCGGAUCAGGAAAAUCAGCUGAAAGCGCUAUUUGAAGCCGCUGGCCAUGCCGGAGUCGAAUGGAUCUUGCCCAACGAAUGGAGCCCAGAUAACGCAGAUGAGGGGUUGGUCAGAGAUAUCCCCAUAUUCCAAAAGAACGUGGCUGCGCGGAAAUUGAUCGAGGAAUUGGGACAUUCUUCCUACAUUGGAGUCGUUACUGGAUUCUGGUACGAGUGGUCUUUGGCGAUUGGGCCUGCUUUUGGCAUUGAUAUCGACAAGAGGGAGGCGACGUUGUUCGAUGACGGUGAGACAAAGAUUUCGACCUCCACUUGGCCCCAGGUUGGCCGGGCUGUAGCUGCUUUGCUCAGUCUACCGGUCCAAGCUGAAGAAGGCGCCGGAGCUUGUCUUGAGCGGUUUCGGAACCAGAUGGUCUACGUCAAAUCUUUCACAGUCAGCCAGAAAGAAAUGCUCGAAUCUGUCAUGCGUGUCACUGGCACUGACGAGUUUGACUGGCACAUUACGAAAGAGUCUAGCCGGGAGCGGUAUGAAAGCGGCCUGAAGGCUAUGCAGGAAGGAGAUAGGAGUGGAUUCGUGAGAAUGAUGUACACACGGGUGUUUUUCCCGGACGGAAGUGGUGAUCACGAAAGCAGGAGAGGCGUGGCCAACCAGUUGCUCGGCUUACCCGAGGAAGGCUUCGAUGAGGCUACACGUGCGGCCGUGAGGAGGACCAAAGAGUAUGACUUCGGAGCAGAAUAUGUGCGAAAGUGA